ACUAGUGCAACAGUGCAACUGAAAAGAACAGAUCCCCUGUAAAAUGCUUGUGCGUUGUGAAAGUGUUCUUCUAUCCAAUAUUUAAUUAUAAAAAUUUCAAGACAAUGGUUUUGAGAUGUUUUUUAUGUAAAAGUGUUCACAACAAGGAUGAAAAGAAUAUACAAAUGCAUAAAGUUCCACAAAAGGAACACAUAAUGAAAUUAUGGCUAUCUGUAUUAAAUAUGGAACGAAUAAAUCGAAAUGCAAGAAUUUGUUCAAAACAUUUCACAGAACAGGAUUUCAUGAUAAGUCUUGUUGGAGAAAGAAAAUAUUAAAAAUCUGAUGCAGUUCCAUCAAUGAACCUACAAAAAGAAGAAAAUGCUGGUUGUAGCUCUAAAGAAGAGAGCAUACAAAAUGCACAACAUUGCAUGAAACAUGCAUCUUUGAAGAGAUCCUUAUCAAUGGAACAGUCAAGCAAAGAAGUACCUAUAAAAAAUAUAAAAACAAUUGCUGAUGUAGAUGUUAAAAAAGUUUCACAAUCAUCGUUAGAAGCAGAAGUUUGUUUGGAAGUACUGAUUGAAGAGGAAAACGCUGGUUGUAGCUCUAAAGAAGAGAGCAUACAGAAUACACAACAUUGCGUGAAACAUACAUCUUUGAAGAGAUCCUUAUCAAUGGAGCAAUCAAGCGAAGAAGUACCUAUAAAAAAUAUAAAAACAAUUGCUGAUAUAGAUGUUAAAAAGAUUUCACAAUCACCGUUAGAAGCAGAAAUUUGUUUGGAAGUACUGAUUGAAGAAUUGCAGGAAAAACGGAAAGAAGUGAAGUGUUUUAGGGAUAAAGUUUAUAAACUGCAGAAAACAGUGACAGAUUUACGCUCAUUGAUAAAGACUUUGAAAGAUAAAUUAAUAACAAAUACAGUUAGGAAUACAUUAAAAGUAAAUAAAAAUUUUCAAAUAACAAACACAGUACAUUAG